GUUUAGGCAAGCAGACAGGGAUGUCUGGACGAGACAAGGAUAAGGGUAAGGCUCAUGUUGUAGAUCAUGGGAAGCCAAAGAAAAAGAAGAAUGGAAGAAUAGAUGUUUCCUCAGACCCUACCAGACAGUGGGUUCGGCCGACGGGGAUUACCUUCCGUAACAUUGAUGAACGGACUGGUACUCCUAUUCCUACUGCUACUACUCCACCUCCUUACCCCACUCCAUUCCCGACUAUUCCUCCCGCACCAUUCCCGCCUAUUCUUCCCGCAUCAUUUCCAGCAGCUACUACUAGCCAGCCCCCUUCCGCACCAUUCUCACCUAUUCUUCCCGCAUCAUUUCCAGCAGCUACUACUAGCCAGCCCCCCAUAUAUUCUAGUCCUGGUUUUGCCAUGCCUGGAUUUACUCCGCCAUCGACACACUCGCCAAAUUACAACACCACCCGAUCUAAUGUCCGACAAGGCUUUAACACAUCCGUUCCAUCACAAUCAUCAACGGAACUGAUGCAAGAUCUUAUGCAAACUGGAAAUUUCCUAGCCUUACUUGCUGAUCAACGACCUCCACAACAACAGCAACAACAACAACAAAACAACCAAAAUGAAGAGGUACCGUAUGAAGAGGUACCGUCUGGGGCUGAUCAAAGACGACGACAACGACGUCAAAUCAUUGAAGACUGGGAGUAUGUGGAUAACCUUGUUGUGGUUACACCAACACCUGAAACGUUAGAGCCAUCCCACGGAGUAUCAGAACAUAUUAGAAUGGCGAUCCAGACGUUUUACCCUAAAGAUAGGCGUUGGGCCGUAUAUUCAGAUCUUACUACCGAUGACAGGAACGACCUUUUUAAAUACUUUUCGGAUUUUUGUAGAUGGGAACCUCAUCAUCACACUCUUGUAGAGAGAAACUUUCAUAGGGUAGCUGCAAGACGUUUAUCAGAUUUGUUAUAUGAUGAACGACAGGAAUUGAAAAAACGUAAGGGCAAUUAUCUUACACAAUGGAUCGGAGAGAAAAGCUGGGAGUUAUUGCUGAAGUAUUGGAAUGAAGAUCCACAUUUUAAGAAUCGGUCCAAAGCUAACAAGGUGAAUAGGGCAUCUAUUGUAGGAGGGCAGUUGCACGCACAAGGUUCUGUCAGUACCGCUACCUAUGCUAGAGAUUUGCGAAAUAGAUUGGGUAGAGUUCCUUAUCCGGAAGAGAUCCAUGAUGUAACUCGUUUCAGUCAGAAUCUUGGUCGGUAUGUUGAUGCUCGAGCUAGCAAUACCCAGGUAAAUUCUUAAUAAUUUUAUGUUCUCUGCUGUGUUCAAAGGAUGUGGGUCGUGUGUCGGUCAUAUGGUUUAUAGCUUGAUCUUUAGUGAAUUGAAUUGUACUAGCUGGAUCUUUAGUUUAUACAUCAAAAGGUCUUCUACAGCUUCUGUUACAUAUAUAGUAUCA